UCAGACUUAGAGGAGGAAAACACUGCUGCUGCUCCUCAUAGGCCUCCAGGAUGAACUGUGGUAGCCGUGGGCGAUGGCCCUUUCUUGGCAUGACUCCCGCAGUCCUUCUCUUGGUUCUGUGUCUCCACCUGCAAGGCUCGGCGUCCAGAUGCAUCGAUAUAGCCUUGGGGCAAGACCUGCAGCCUUUGCCUCCUGGUGUGCAACGAUGCUCCAUUCCCAGCGGGCUUCUCCAACCUGACGUCUCAUCACUUGGGGGAGGAGGAGGAGGAGGAGGAGGCGGCGUCAAUGUGGGAGACACCCGCGUAGUGGGCGGCAUGCCCGCCACCUCUGGGGGCCUUGCAGGUGGCUCUUCUACAGGCCUCCCCAGUUCACCAGGGAAUAGCCCAUUCCAGUAUGGCAAGCCAGGAAACCCCAGCCAAGGUGGCCCUGGCCCUGUAGGCCCUGUUCAGUACGGGGAUGAGUCUUAUGGAGGGACAAGCUUUGGCAUCCGGAAGAACGGCCCCCGGGGUUUCCCACGCCCAGAAUGGAAGGCUCCUGGCAUCCCCUACAUUCCCACUGCCAGGGAACGGGGUGGGGGCUAUAUCCCAAUAUCAAAGGAGACGCCCCGGUAUUUUCCCAAUGCAGUUCCACUCGGUGGUGGAGCAGGCUCGUCCUCUUCAACCUAUAGCGGCAGUUCCAUAGCAUCAGGGCCGAGGGGCAGUGACGACGGCAGCUAUGGUCCUGUACCCGAAGGCCUGCAGCCUGGCGGACAACGUGGGGGAGCCAGCGGGGAACGUGGACCCCUUUGCGAUCCCAAUUGUUAAGGGGCACUGAUUGAUCUAAUUGUUGGGUACUUGAGGUGGACAGAAUGUCUGGCCUAUAUAGUUCAUAGGAGCGAUGAGGCAGUGGAUAAAAGCAAGUAACUAAACUACGUCGGGAGAAGCAUGUGACCUGGAGCAGUCUUGGCUCAAAAUUUAGGAAAUCGGCCCAUCCCUGCUUCUAAAAAGAAAAAGUUGGCUACCUAUUACUACAAGCUUAAAACAGCU